CAAAUAUGGACUUCACCAAUCACAUUUUCGAACAUGAAAAUUUACCAGAUGAACUCCUCAGUGAAGGGGUAGCUUCUUCUGAAGUUCGAGGAUCAGACAAGAUCCUUAAUAAUAUGAAAAGAAAGUCUUUUACUCCUGACAAAAAUAAUCUUGCUGAAAAAUUUGAGUUUGUGCCUUGAAAGACUCCCAAAAAUUUCUCAAAGGAAAGCUUUGAUCAAAGUGGGGAAAAUUUUUGAAAGAAAACUAGAGCUAAAUCGUAUUAUAAGGAUGAAGAGCCUUUUAAAUAUCUCAAAAAGAGUCCUACCAAGUCAUUAAAUGAAAGCCCAGAAGAGAUACGAAGUUUGAAAUCUGAUAUUAGCAGCCUAUUAAGGCAGGCUGCUCGGUUACGAAAUAAAUCAAAAAAAAUUCUACAAAGCCCCAAGAUUAGUAAAGAAGAAUCCUCCUUGAAGGCUGGUGAUUGAUGUUUUGUCACAAUGAAAGAUAUUGGAACUCUCUAAGCUCAGAGCACUCUAAUAAUAGUUUUAAUAAACUUUUGAUA